AUGAGUUCAAGGGCGCCGGAUAAUGGUAGAGAAUCCCCAAGAGACUCAGAAGGGACCUGGCACCCUGCCCGUGAAUGGCUUGAAGAGGAUGAGCUUGAUACCGAAUACCACCCCGCGUUAGAGUCGUCCGAGCACGAUGGCGCAUGGGAGGGUAACAUAUCCGAUGAAGAUCGGCAAAUGGGCUCGGGAAUUGCAAGUGAUAAUACCCACAUCAACAUCGGAAACAUUCAAAUCGAACUUACGGCGGAUGAUUCGGAGAGCGAGGACACGGACGAUCUGAAUGAAGGACGGACCCGUGUACCAGCUUCCCGAUUAUUCGAGCUGCUCGCAUCCAGUGGUUUACAACAUAUCCUCCAAGCAAACGGUUGGCCGACGGCAAUCGAAGAAGAGCAGGAGCAGCUGGAAAAUGAAGAGGAUGGGCCGAGCGACGAAGAUUUCAUGCCCAUAUUCCGAAAUCGCCUCCGAGCCGGAUGGUUCCCAGAAAGCGCUGAACUUCCACCGGUUCCUAACCCGGAGGGCAAGAAAUUGAUGGGCGAAGGUCUUUUCGGGACUGAUCAAUUCUACGGCGACCGGCUCAGACAGCGCAAGAAACAUCUAGCGACAAGCCUGAUGUGGCGAGAACUAGGCAUUGACACCGAUGGAGUGCGGAAAAGAGCCGGCCAAUCUAUCUCUCAGGGCCUCAUUCCAAGCUCGGUUGCGGACAAGAUUAUUCACUAUGACACGAGAAGUUAUUCAGGCCAGUUCUCAGAUGACGGGAAUUUCUUUUUCUGCUGUGCACAAGACUUCAAGGUUCGAAUGUACGACACCUCCAACCCGUAUGAUUGGAAAUAUUACAAAACCGUCGAUUAUCCCUUCGGUCAGUGGACUAUCACCGAUGCGACGUUGAGCCCCGACAACCGCUUCCUUGUCUACAGUUCAAUACGAAGUCAAGCAUACAUGGCCACCACAGACCCAGAGGACGAUUCAGAUCCUAUGGUUUUAGACUUAUCUACUCCACCGGGCCAAAGAAGAAGACGGAGCUGGGGUGGUUCGCACUUCGGGAUCUGGUCUCUUCGUUUCUCUGGAGAUGGACGUGAGGUUGUCGCCGGCACUUCAGAAGAUUCGGUCAUCGUUUAUGAUCUGGAAACACGACAACCAGUCCUAAACCUACGAGAUCGGCAUCAGCAUCAUGUCAAUGCUGUGUGUUACGGCGAUACAUCUUCGCCGCACAUCCUGUACUCUGGAUCCGAUGACACGACAAUUCGGGUCUGGGACCGACGGUCAAUGGGCGAUGGGCGUGAAGCUGGUGCUUUUAUGGGCCACACCGAGGGACUGACGUACGUUGACAGCAAAGGCGACGGCCGGUAUGUCUUAUCCAAUAGCAAAGACCAAACGAUGAAGCUUUGGGAUUUGCGAAAGAUGAUGACAUCCGCCGAUGUCGAAAACAUCGACCCCGUCGACUAUACAACCGGCUUCGAUUACCGCUUCGAGAAGUAUCCAGACCAGUACCGCAGAAAUGCCAAGAAUGACUGCUCUGUUGUUACAUAUCGAGGCCACCGAGUCCUCAAAACCUUGAUUCGCUGCCACUUCUCGCCCCCAGGGAGUACAAACUCGCGCUAUGUUUACAGUGGAAGUGAGGACGGCAAGGUUUAUGUAUACAACUUGGACGCCACUAUAGCUGGCACCAUCGACGUUGGCCAAGCGACACUUAACUCCCGUCCUCGUGAUCCAGAUGCCUAUGCUACAGCAUAUGAAAUGAGCGGGGAGAUGCUGUGGAGAACUUGCGUUCGCGAUGCAAGCUGGCACCCAAGUGCGCCGGUACUAGCAGCAACUUCCUGGAAUGGCUGGGGCUUGUCUACUGGCACUUGUACUGUGCAUUCAUGGAACGCGGGUGCUAAUAAAGACGAGGGAGAUCCACCGGUCGGCAAAAGCUAUGAUGACAAACUACGAUACAUCCCCGAGUUCGACCAUUACCGUGAAAAUGCACCUCAUGUUCGACCUCGGCGUCCAUUGCGCAGUCGGCCAGUUCGUCGAUGGGUUGGUGAUGAAGAGGCAGAGGACACAAUAUGGUAG